AUGUCUCACGCGUUGGAAGAUAAGGCUUUGCACCAGCUACAGCAAGAACAGUCCAGGCUUCUGGACAAGAUCGAUGAGCUGCGCACUAUCGGCGUCGGUGGCCUAGUGGAACUCCCCCAGCUGAUUGUUUGCGGCAACCAGUCGAGCGGGAAGAGUUCCGUCCUCGAAGCCAUCUCUCGCGUGCGGUUCCCGGCGAAAAGCAAUGUCUGUACGCGAUUUGCGACUGAGGUUAUCCUGCGACGGAAUCCAUCUUCAAAAAUCAAAGUGUCCAUCGAGCCCGGUCCUUCUCGCGCGGACGAGCAGGAGCGACGGCGACUCCGGAGUUUUGCCUAUGAGGACUUCUCUAACGGUGAUGACCUGCCUCCCCUAAUCGAGAGGGCCAAAGAGCACAUGGGCAUCACGGAGUCGGUUAACGCAGGCUUCAGUGAUGAUGUACUCAAGGUGGAGAUUUCAGGGCCCGACAAACCGGAGCUGACUCUGGUUGAUCUGCCCGGCCUGUAUUACUCUACCAGCCAGGAGCAGGACUCACAGGGUAUUCUGAUAGUCCGCGAGCUGACGGAAAAAUAUAUGAAGAAUCCAAGAAGCAUCAUCCUUGCUGUGAUCAGCGCAAAAACAGAUUACCAUCUUCAGGAGGUCCUGAACAUCGCGGAACGGUUUGAUCCAAAGCGCGAGCGCACACUAGGAAUUAUUACCCAGCCUGAUAUUCUGGAGGCAAAUUCGGAGGAGGAAGACACCUAUCUGCAAUUUAUCAAGAAUCAAAAAAUUCAUCUAGAGACAGGAUGGCAUGUCUUGCGGAAUCGAUCCUUUGAGACCAGGGAUAUCUCUGACGACGCCCGCGACGAGAUGGAGAAGGCGUUCUUCAACCAGGGACGAUGGACUUCGCUCUCACGGGAAUGUGUCGGCAUCGAGAGCCUACGCCGCCGCCUUAGCACAAUAUUGCUGAGGCUCAUCCGUCGGAAUCUCCCAGGACUGAUUGCGGAAAUCCAAGACAAAGUGUCUGAUCGGCAGCAGCAACUCUCGCGACUGGGGCCUCCUCGGUCCACUCUGCAGCAGCAGAGGGGUUACCUGCUCAACAUUAGCAGUAAAUUCGAGCGCAUCAUUGUGCAAGCUCUGAAUGGCAUGUAUGCAGAUGAGUUCUUCGGCGGCUUGGAGGAAACAGGGAGUAUUGAAGACUUCCGCCGACUCAGAGCUGUUAUACGCCAGCUGAACGAAUACUUCGCAGAGGCAAUGGCCAUUCGAGGAUGCCGCAGGAAAAUUGUCGACCGGAGCCCGUUUGCCAGCAAAGAUGACCUGCAAGUUGCUUCUGGGAAGCCUUACAUGGACGACUGGAAACCCGAAUACGUGGAGCGCAGUUCUAUUGAAGCAGAGGUUAGCAAGCAAGCACGCAACAACAGAGGUAUUGAGCUUCCAGGGAAUGCAAAUCAACUCCUUGUGGGGAGCCUCUUUCGCGACCAGUCCAAACCAUGGAAAAACCUUGCGAAAGAACACUUAAUGAAGGCCUGGGAAUCAGCGAGAUAUUUCGCCUUGCUUGUUCUACAACACAUUACUGACGACCAUACCUAUUCCUUGCUGGUUGGCUCCAUUAUCGAUGCGGAUUUUGACAGAUUGAAGCAAUCAUUGCUUGACAAGCUUGACGAGCUGACCGCAUACACGAAGAGAGGUCACCCAUUGCCCGUGGGUAAGAGCUUUCUCUCCCAGAUUCAGAAAGCCAGAAGCAAGCGUCAGAUAGAAUCACUAAGAGCAAAUCUCCGAGCCAGUGGUUUUGACGAAAAGGGGGAAAGAUUAUUUACGAUGAAAGAGCUCGAGCAAGCCACGUCGUGGACGGAAGCUUCCCGCGAUGAAUUUGCAGCCGCCGAGAUCAUCGACCAGAUGGAAGCAUAUUAUGAGACUGCAAUUGUGACGUUUGUCGACAAUGUCGCAACUCUAGGCAUCGAAAAUUGUCUUCUUGACCCUCUGCAACGCCGCGAGCUCGACAAAUUGCAAGCUGGCCUACGGGCUCUCAGCGUCUUCAACACUCAGAAGCCGUCAUUGAGUAAUCCACCAUUCUUCGCUACGAAAGCUGCGGAACCGAGACCGCCCUCUGUAGUUGGUUCAGCCCAGGCUUCGCCGGCGGCUUUUGGAACUCUAUCUAAUACAGGCAUACCCGAACAAAAAUCUGUUUCCGGUGGCUCUGGUGCAUCCUCAUCUGAACACAAGCCUGCUCCCAGGCUUUUUUUUAGUCCAGCCGUAUCUGAGCAGAAACCUAUCUCUGGGGGAUUUGGUACAGGCUCAUCAGAACACAAGGCUGCUUCUGGGGGGCUUUUUGGUAGAGGUUUUGGUACAAGCCUAUCUGAACAAAAACCUGUUUCUGGUGGCUCUGGUACAUCCUCAUCUAAGCACAAGGACGAUUUCAGCCGUUUUCUUGCAGCCAUAGAACAGCAUUCUGCAGCCAUAGAACAGGAAUCUGUUUCUGGUGGCUUUGGCACAGGCACACCUACGAGCACCAGCACGAAACCUACAACAGGCACCAGUACCGACACCUCUACUACCGUCCAACAAUCUGGCAUGGGCUCCACCAGCAAGAUAGUAAUUUCUCCGUUUGAUUUGCAGAAAUCUCAAAGCUGGAGUCAGAAUCUGUAG